AGUCGGACGCCGACAGUGGCCAGGAUCUCAUUUCGCAAUGCCGGUGCCAGAGCAGCCUGCGGAGCAGGAGAAGGGGGCCAUGGUUGCCCCUGUGAUGCCAGCCUCCAAUGGAGACAGAUCUGAGACGGAGACGACCUCCUCCAUCCUCGCCUCUGUCAAAGAACAGGAGCUCCAGUUUGAACGCCUGACCAGGGAACUUGAGGCUGAGCGUCAGAUUGUCGCCACCCAGCUGGAGAGAUGCAAGCUGGGAUCAGAGGCAGGCAGCAUGAGCAGCAUUAGUUCAACGGAUGAACAGUUUCGCUGGAAUGCUCAAGCGGAUGGACAAAAAGAUAUCGAGGACGAGCUGACCACUGGUUUAGAGUUGGUGGAUUCCUGCAUUCGCUCCCUCCAGGAAUCAGGAAUACUUGACAGUGGAGAACGACCGGCUCUUCUUUCCCAGAGUUCCUUGCAGCUCAACUCCACCCCGGAGGCUUCGCUCCAGUACUCUGCCAGCUACCAUAGCAACCAGACCCUCGCCCUUAGCGACAGCAUCUCCGCAGCAACUCCUCAGCGCAGCGGGCAGGUUGGAGGAGCCGUGCACAGCUACAACCAGGUGACAUCUAGUCGCGCAGCCCAGCAGCAACAAUCACAAACUGGGGCAGGGUCAGGUAUCUACUACUCCAGCUCUACCUUACCCACCCAGCGUGUCAGCUCCCCUUUGUCUGGAGGCGGAGGCUCGGGAUCUGGUUCCCCAGGUAAACUGCAACGUCUGGGAUCAGCUUCCGACACGCCGGGAUACUCCACCACUCAGCGCCUGCCAUCCUCCUCCUCUUCCCCCAGCAAACAGUCUCCUACUAAUCGACUGGCCAAGUCAUACAGCACCACAGUUGCUGUGACAACAGCAGGAGGGGGCGGGUCUCCCCUAAGGGUCGCAUCUCCACCCAACUCUACAGCAGCAGGGGGAGGGGCCAGCUCAUCAUCGUCCCCUCUUCACCAGAUGAGUUCAGGCAUAGGGAGCUAUGCCACUCUGUCUCCCAAACGACUGGCAGCACACCACGCUUCAGACCAGUACAAGAUCUCCCACGAGCUCUACGCUACUGCUACACUUCAGAGGCCUGGCAGUCUGGCAGGCUCUCGCGGCUCCUACAGUAGUCAGCACAGUCAGGAGCCCCUUCGGCCCUUGGGGUCCCCAGAGCACCACAUAGAUCCCAUCUAUGAAGAGCGUGUCUACCACAACAAGGGGCCCAUGAGGAGCCUUAGCCAGAGCCAGGGGCCAGAAACAGGCCCCUAUCGCAACAACACCGCUCCCUCCUCCCCUGGUGUCGACUCCGCCCCUUUGCAGCGCACAGGAAGUCAUGGCACGGGGACAGGAAACUAUAGCCGUGGCGGAAACAACAACUAUGCCACAGUGGGACCAGGCUACACCUCAAGCGGAGGUGGCGGAGACGUGUAUGGCUCAGACCCCUAUGUGGCGGACCCCUACCGCACCCUGCAGUACUGCCCCUCGGUGGUGGAAUCACCCUACAGCAAGUCUGGACCAGCCCUGCCGCCCGAAGGCAGCCUGCAGCGCUCACCUUCCAUCGACUCGAUUCAGAAAGACCCCAGAGAGUUUGGGUGGAGAGAUCCGGAGCUGCCAGAGGUGAUCCAGAUGUUACAGCACCAGUUCCCAUCGGUGCAGUCCAAUGCUGCAGCCUACCUUCAGCAUCUCUGCUUCGGAGACAACAAGAUCAAAGCCGAGAUCCGCAGACAGGGAGGCAUCCAGCUGCUGGUCGACCUUCUGGACCACAGGAUGAGUGAGGUUCACCGCAGCGCCUGCGGAGCCCUAAGGAACCUGGUGUACGGCAAGGCCAACGAUGAGAACAAAGUGGCCCUGAAGAACUGCGGGGGGAUUCCUGCCUUGGUCCGCCUGCUGAGGAAGACUGGAGAUGUGGAAAUCAGAGAGCUGGUCACAGGCGUGCUAUGGAACCUGUCGUCGUGUGAUGCUCUGAAGAUGCCAAUCAUCCAGGACGCCCUGGCCGUAUUGACCAAUAGCGUCAUCAUACCCCACUCGAACUGGGACUCCUCCCCCAAUCACCAUGACGACCGCAAGCUCCAUCUUCAUACCUCGCAGGUGCUGCGCAAUGCUACAGGCUGCCUCAGGAAUGUAAGCUCCGCAGGUGAGGAGGCAAGACGAAGGAUGAGGGAGUGUGACGGCCUGACAGAUGCUCUGCUCUACGUCAUCCAGACCUCUCUGGGUAGUGGCGAGAUUGACAGCAAGACUGUUGAGAACUGUGUUUGCAUCCUGAGAAACCUGUCAUACCGCUUGGCUGCCGAGACCUCACACGGCCAGCAGGGGGGGCUGGAGGAGCUGGAUGGCCUGCUUUGUGAUGCUAACGGCCGUGACGGAGAGAGCUCUGGCUGCUGGGGCAAGAAGAAGAAGAAAAAGAAGGGAGCCGAUCAGUGGGAUGGCGUGGGUCCCUUUCCGGACACGGCGGAGCCCCCUAAAGGGGUUCAGAUGUUGUGGCACCCCACCAUCGUCAAGCCCUACCUCACCCUGCUGUCUGAAUGCUCCAAUCCUGACACCCUGGAGGGAGCAGCUGGGGCUCUGCAGAACCUUGCCGCAGGCAGCUGGAAGUGGUCGGUGUACAUUCGGGCUGCUGUGCGCAAGGAGAAAGGCCUUCCCAUCCUGGUGGAGUUACUGAGGAUAGACAAUGACAAGGUGGUGUGUGCCGUUGCCACCGCUCUCAGAAAUAUGGCACUGGACAUCAGGAACAAGGAGCUCAUUGGUAAAUAUGCCAUGAGAGAUUUGAUCCAUCGGUUACCAGGCAGUAGCAGCAGCAGCAACAACAACGCAACCAGCAGUGGGACCUCCGGGACCACAGGCCCUCCCAGCAAGGCCAUGUCAGAUGAUACGGUAACUGCCAUCUGCUGCGCACUGCACGAGGUCAUCACCAAGAACAUGGAGAACGCCAAAGCCCUGCGUGAUGCUGGUGGCAUAGAAAAACUCAUCGGCAUUGCCCGCAGCAAAGGAGACAAACACUCAGCAAAGGUGGUAAAGGCAGCCUCUCAGGUCCUCAGCAGUAUGUGGCAGUACAGAGACCUGCGCUCUCUCUACAAGAAGGAUGGUUACUCCCAGUAUCACUUUGUGGGCUCUGCCUCGACGAUAGAGAGAGACAGACAGAGGCCCUACUCCUCCUCACGAACUCCCUCCGUCUCCCCUGUCAGGACGUCCCCGAAUAACCGCUCUGCGAGCGCUCCAGCCUCCCCCAGAGAGAUGAUGAGUCUGAAGGAACGCAAGAUGGACUACGAUUCCACGGCAACCAACGCUGGUUUCCAUAGCAACAAAGGAGAGCACACAUCCCGGAAAGACGGCAUGGCAGUCCAAGUAUCCUGUGGGACAUCCACGUUGUUCCGAAACUCUUACCUGACUGCCAGCGAUGACAUAAAGCAAAACCAGGCUCCGGCCCAGCCCUGCGUUGUACCUCCCCAGCCCCAGCAGGACAGCCCGUCAGCAGCUGUGCUAAAAGACUACGACCCCUACCCUCCCCCUCCCUCCUUCCCCCAGCCUCAGCCGCCGCAGCCUCCACCUCACAGCCAGAGCCGGAGCUUCAACGAAGUCUACUAUGAGGACCAGGGACCUCCGCCUCCUCCGCCGUCCCAGCCACAGCCGCAGGUCCAGCCGCAGGCCCAGCCUCAGGCCCAACCCCAGCAGCCUCCCAGCUCCACCGGACCACCCCGAGACCCGCGGGAAGACCUGCGCAUGCAUCUGGGCCUCAAAUCUACCGGGAACUACGUAGACUUCUACUCGGCCUCUCGGCCAUACAGCGAACUGAACUACGAGACCAGCCACUACCCGGCCUCGCCUGACUCCUGGGUCUAGUUAGACUAUGAUGAUGGGGGGGCGGCGAGGGAGAGUCUGAGUGUGCGUGUGUGAAAGGGAUUUUUUUUGCAAGCGAUCAACAGCAGAUUAACACAAGGUGACAGCAAGUGGCAUGUUGAAACGGGAUCUUGUAGCCAGUGGCAGGAAAUUUGUGUUCUCUAAAA